AUGGCACCCAGUCUUGAUUGUGCGAUGUCAAGUUUACUGUGUGCAGAAGAUAAUGAUAGUAUUUGUUACAAUGAUAAUGAUGGUGAUGAUUUCAAGGGUUUUGGGGAUUCAUUCUCGAAUGAUGGCAUUGAUCGAAACAUUAAUCAAACUCAAAACCACAAUUUGGUUAAGAAUCUUGAAACAGAGUACUCUGUUCUUGAUUUGCCUUUGCAAAAUGAUGAAUGUUUGACUUUGUUGAUCGAAAAGGAAUCUCAACAAUUUGUGGGUUUUGUGGAUUAUUUGAAUAAAUUGAAGAAUGAGAACUUGUUUUUGGUUGCAAGACAACAGGCUGUUGAUUGGAUUUCAAAGGUCCAUGCUCAAUUUAAUUUCGGACCAUUGUGUGCAUAUUUAUCUGUAAACUAUUUGGACAGAUUUCUUGCUGUCUAUGAAUUACCUAAGGACAAAGCUUGGAUGAUGCAAUUGCUUGCUGUGACCUGCUUAUCUCUUGCAGCAAAAAUGGAAGAGACAGAAAUGCCCCUGAAUUUGGAUUUGCAGGCUGGUGAAUCAAGAUAUGUUUUUGAAUCCAAAACAAUUCAAAGAAUGGAGUUGGUUGUGUUGAACACAUUGAACUGGAGGAUGCAAUCAGUGACUCCAUUUUCUUUCAUUGAUUCAUUCAUUGGGAAGCUUAAUGAUGAAGAUCAUGGUGAUGAUAAUGGUCAAAGUCAAACCAAUUCAAGAUCUCUGAUCUUCAAAUCCACCACCCAACUGGUAUUAAGUUUAAUCAGAGGGAUUGAGUUCUUGGAAUUUAGACCCUCUGAGGUUGCAGCAGCAGUGGCAAUUUCUGUAGUUGGAAUUGGAGUUGAGAAACUUGAAACAUCUGCCAUCUUUCAACAUGCAAAUAAGGAGAGGGUUCUUAAAUGUGCAGAAAUGAUGAAAAAGGGUUGUACAAUGGGCUUUAGGAGUGGUAAAAUGACAUCAUUGCCAGAAAGUCCAAUAGGUGUGCUUGAGGCUGCAAUCUUGAGCUAUAAAACUGAUGAUUCACCUACUUGUGCCAAAAGGAGGAGGAUCUGA